GCGCGCCGCCAGUACUGGUCCUCCGCGUCCGGCUUCGCGUUCCCUUCGGCCUCGCACGCACGUGUCACACGCACCACGCGCGCAUCUCGUACGACCACGCCGCCCGCGAUCACUGACCGACCGUGACCACGAUCCGCGCGCGCCAUGUCCACGGACGACGGCCCGCGGCGGUGAUGCCGUCCGCGCCGCGUCAUUCCGCCCCGAACCGACCACCGCGGUACACGGCCGCGCGGCGCCAGCACCACCAGGGACCGAGCGCGCGCACCACCGACGACCAUGUACGGCAACCGGCUGCUGAGCCUCACGGCCGCGUUCCAGCUGAUCGCCAUCACCGCCGUACUGUGCAGGAACAUCCAGUUGAUGUUGCCCAACAUACCGGACGUGAUGCACCCUCCGAUCCCUUCCGAAGCCGGAAUCAGCGAAGAAGAUAUUGAAUAUCUCCAGUCGAUGGAAAAUAUCGAUCCGGAAGUCAAACCUGGUUUGUUCCAAGGAGACAUGGCGUUAAAUAACGAGUAUUUCGAUUACUGGCGUGUGGGAUUGCGAUGGGACGUUUUCCCUGAAAAACUUUGGCUCAACCGCACUGUGCCGUAUUUGAUAAGUCCGCUCUACGAAACCGAACACCGCAUUCUCAUAUACCAAGCAAUCAGGACGAUCAACUUCAUGACUUGCAUCAAAUUCGUACCGUGGACCGGCAGAGAGCAGGAUUAUUUGAUGAUAUGGCCGGUGAAAUAUCCCUCUGGGUGUUGGUCUUAUGUCGGUCGUUUCGGAGGGCCGCAGGUUGUUUCAUUGCAGCCCCCGGAUGACACUGGUUCCAAUUGCCUGGGCACUGACGGGCGACCUAUUCAUGAGUUGUUGCACGCUCUGGGAAUUUUUCACGAGCAGUCUAGAGCCGACAGGGACAAAUUCGUCAAAAUAAAUAUCGAUAACAUUAUACCACAAUAUCGAUCGAAUUUCGAUAAACAAAGUUUGAAAAAUACCACGUAUCAAUUUGAAUACGAUUACGACAGUGUUAUGCACUACGGCAAAAACUUUUUCAGCAUUGGCAAAGGAAAGCAAACCAUUGUUCCAAAGUAUGAAGGUGCAACAAUUGGUCAGCGCAAAAUGAUGAGCAAAACGGACUGUUUAAAACUCAAUGAUCUAUAUGGAUGUCUUGGAAAGCCACCUAAUUACAAUUAUAAGUAUUAUACAUUAUGUAAUUAUAUGGGCCUUUAGAUUGGAUUUGUAUAGUUUAUCUUAACAAUAAAAAUAAUUUAAGUGUAUAUUAAGAAAAAUAAAAAAUUGUUUAUUUUAUGGUA